CAGCGCGGGGCCGGUGGGGAGGCGGGGCCGCGCCCCGCGCCGUCUUUGUGCUCGCCGGCAGCCCCGGCAGCGCCGCCGCCUCCCGCCGCCUCCCUCAGCCCCGCUCGGCGCGGCGGGCGGCUCCGCUGCGCUCCGACCCGCUCGGCCCCCGCUCCGCACCGCAGCGCUCCGCGCCGCGCUAUGUGUGCCGGCGCUCCCGUGCCUCCUCGCGGCCGCUUCCCACCCGGCGGGGCGCGCUCGGCCCCGCUCUGAGCGCGGCGGGGCAGGGGAGCGAGCGGAGCAGAGCCCGGACGGUGCCGCCCGGCGCGGAGCGAAGGGAGCGCGGCGCCAUGCGGGGCCCGAGGCUGGGGCUGGGGCUGGGGCUGCUGCUGGGCGCGGCGUGGGUGGCGUGCGGGCAGAACGAGACGGAGCCCAUCGUGCUGGAGGGCAAGUGCCUCGUGGUAUGCGACUCCAACCCCACCUCCGACCCCACCGGCACGGCGCUCGGCAUCUCCGUGCGCUCCGGCAGCGCCAAGGUCGCCUUCUCCGCCAUCCGUAGCACCAACCACGAGCCCUCCGAGAUGAGCAACCGCACCAUGAUCAUCUACUUCGACCAGGUACUAGUGAAUAUCGGCAGCAACUUCGACUCGGAGCGGAGCACUUUCAUCGCACCCAGGAAAGGGAUUUACAGUUUCAAUUUUCACGUGGUGAAAGUGUACAACAGGCAAACCAUUCAGGUGAGUUUGAUGCUAAAUGGGUGGCCAGUGAUUUCUGCCUUUGCAGGGGACCAAGAUGUAACCCGAGAAGCUGCUAGCAAUGGAGUCCUGAUUCAGAUGGAGAAAGGAGACAGAGCUUAUCUAAAACUGGAGAGAGGAAACUUGAUGGGAGGCUGGAAGUAUUCAACAUUCUCUGGAUUUCUAGUGUUCCCGCUUUAAAUCACUUCUCAUCCAAGAAAAAGGAGAGAUCUCUUACAAAUUCCCAAGUCAGAGCUGGGUUUGAAGUCAUGGACAGCAGACUUUUUACAUUCAAAUAUUAAAGAAGCUUAAUCCUGCUUAGGUUUGUGUACAUCUGCUUUGAAGAAUUACUACUUAUUUUUGUUGUGUUGCAGCCAACAGGCGGGAGACACUAUAAUUGAUCAAACCCCUAUUUAUAUUCUUCUCUCUCCUCCCACAAAAUUAGUUCCCAUCUCUGUGUCAUUGGUGUAAUCUGCCAUUGUUCCCCCAUGGCUUCUGCCUCACACAAGUAGACUAGAUAUUUUCAUUGUCCUUUACAGCAUAUUUUGUAGUUUUGUUUUUAAAACAUGUUAAUCUUGACUCUUUCUCUGAGUUUAACUUUUAAAAAAAGAAAAAAAGCAAAGUAUUUUUUGAAUACAUGGAUGCCAUGAUGGAAGGGAAAAUGCAAUUCUUGCUGUGUACUGGCUGGCAAAAGGAAAAAUUUCUACACGAAGAACUAUCCACAGCCAAGGCUGACUAGAGUAUUUCAAUAUUUCUAUGUAAUUCUGAGUGAUUGUGAAAUUUAAGGCUGCUAAAUGUUUUGAUGCUUGUUUUGCUCUUGUACAACGUGGCCCAACUAAACGCCAGGAAGUAUAUUGAACUUUUACUAUUACUCUGUAAAAUAUGUGUGAAUAUUGAAAAUUAAUUUUUGCUUUAAUUCAAUAAAGUUUAAAUGGGACUUUUA